GCUUUAGUAACCUUUAUUAUAAUUUCAGUAACUGUGUUUAUUAUGUGAAAUAGUUGUUAAUUGUGGUCUUGUUAUUUUUAGUUGAUUUUUGUUUACACCAUGAACCGUAGGCGAGGCGUGUUUUCCAUGCCAGAAGAGUUUCAGACGAACGAAAGGUUAUUUACAAAAAAGGAACUUGCCACGAGGAAUACGGCACCGACAUGUCCCGGAGUUCCGAUUAAGUUCAGCAAGAUGGUUAUGCGUAAAAGGAUGCUCUAUUCUGAACCGAAGGCUGUGUUUUUUAACAGACAAGUAAAACUAAGUGACAUGUACAAUGACAAAAAAAAUGUCACCUACAUGAAUCAGUGCUUUUUAAAAAUGCAAAUAAUAGGCGAAGGAAGCUUUGGUGUUGUUUAUAAAGUACGUUGCAGAGAAACUAACGAAUUUUACGCAGUGAAACGUGCCAAACCCCAUAUCAACGUACAAGACUGCUUGGCUGAAAUUGAAAACAAUGAAAAAGUAGGCCAUCACCCAAACAUUGUCAAAUACUACAUGGCUUGGCAGGAGUGGUCACAAUUCCAUUUGCAACUGGAAUAUUGUGAAAUGAGCUUGGCAAUGUAUGCCAAAAAAGACAGUGAUAUGUCCGAGGAAAUGUGCUGGAACAUUUUGUACGACAUAUGUCAGGCUUUAGCCUUUUUACACGACAAAGAUCUAUUGCAUCUUGAUGUUAAACCGGGCAAUAUCUUGCUCAAACAGGGACACUUCAAACUUGCUGAUUUCGGAUUGCUUGUCGAUCUAAAAAAGAUUCCGGAACCUUUCAGAAACAAUGCUAAAUUGACCGGGGAAGCCAAAAAGGAGGUGCGUAAUUGCCUAUCGACUCUAUCAGAUGGAGAUUCCAAAUAUUUGGCAGCAGAGGUGCUCGACACUGUUUAUACCACAGGCUGUGAUAUUUUUGGAUUAGGUAUAACAAUUUUAGAGUGCUCUGCUGACUUGGACCUACCGGAACAUGGACCUUUGUGGCAUCAAAUAAGACAUGGCAUAUUGCCAAAAGAAUUCCAUAAACGGGCUUCCCUGGGGUUGCAAGUUUUGAUUGAGAAAAUGCUUUACUUCAAUUGCACAAUGAGACCUGCUGCGCAGAAAAUUUUGUCCUACCAGUAUAUGCGCGAGCUGGCUAAAAGGGAUAAAAAACAUGGCCGUACGGAUUUUGCAAGACCAUUCAUUAAUGAUAAUGAAGUUCAUAACUUUAUUGAUUACUAUGAUGAAUGUUUUCUUGACAAUAACAACACUAAGAGUGUUCAACCCCAUUCCGUCCUCGGCAAAAAGUCCCUCCAGUUCUUGAAUGAUGAUUAACACAAAUUACUUACUACUUUAUUUUGCUCAACGUUUUGUUAAAAGUUGGUAAACUUUGGUUUAACGUUCGAAACGUACCAAGUUUCAUAUAUAUAUUUUUAAUCAGCAUAUUGCUUUCACUAAUAUGCUUUUCGUUUUGUAUUUGAUAAUGCAUAGCCAAUAACUAUCAUAAAUUGCA